AUGAUCAGAUUAUUCUUAACCUUGGCGAUUUUGUGUGGCCUUUACAAUGAAGCCUAUGGGAAAGCUUCUGUAGAUAUAGAUAUGAAACUGAAGGCCCUUAAUAAGCCGGCGUUGAAAACUAUCAAGAGUGAAGAUGGGGACAUAAUAGACUGUGUAGAUAUCUAUAAACAACAUGCUUUUGAUCAUCCCGCCUUAAGAAACCACAAGAUUCAGAUGAAACCAAGCGUGGAGUUUGGUACAACGAAGACCACUAUACCAAACAACGGUACUUCUAAACCAAUCACGUCUCAGAUUUGGUCCAAAUCUGGAACUUGUCCCAAUGGGACAAUACCGGUUCGUAGAGUCAGUAGAGAAGACAUAAUGAGAACCUCUUCACCGUCUCAUUUUGGAAGUAAAACUCCUCGAAAAUACUACUUUCUCGACAACGCACUUAAACACAAGGCUAAUUACAAUAUAACAGCUGAAAGACUACGCCAACCCAUCCAACCGGACCGAUCGGAGGCGAUCCUUAUCACUCUUGGUUACAAUUAUCUUGGUGCCCAAUCUGAUAUAAAUGUCUGGAACCCUCCGGGAGUUGAGCAUGACGACUACAGUUCUGCUCAGAUAUGGCUGCUUGCUGGCUCAGCUACUUUUGAGAGCAUAGAAGCUGGUUGGGUGGUGAAUCCACACGUUUUCGGAGACUCCCGCACACGUCUCUUCACCUACUGGACUAAAGAUUCAUACAGUACAACAGGCUGCACCAACCUCUUGUGCCCCGGUUUUGUCCAAACAACAACUAAAUUCGCCCUGGGUGCAGCCGUAGAACCCGUUUCAACUCAAUCGAGUGAACAAUAUUACAUCACUGUUAGCAUGUACCUGGAUCCAAACACCCGGAACUGGUGGUUGACUGUUGGGAACAACGUGAUAGGGUACUGGCCGGGAACACUCUUCACAGUCCUAACACACAGCGCCACGGCAGUGCAGUGGGGUGGAGAAGUGUAUAGCCGUAACGUGAAGAAGACGCCACACACAAAAACUACAAUGGGAAGUGGAAGAUAUGCAUCUUACCUCUUUGGCGACGCUUGUUUCCACACCAACGUUAGGAUCAAAGACUAUUCCUUGCAGAUCAAGUUUCCGGAAACUCUAUCAGAGUUCACUGAUGAGAACGAAUGUUAUUCUACAAAGCUUAAUAGGGAAACAUAUAUGUCAGAGCCCGUUUUCUUCUUUGGAGGACCUGGUCAGAAUCGCUUUUGUCCUUAA